AUGUAAAAACCUUGAUGCAACUGGUCUAUAAAUUGCGGGUUUGGGGCUCCCAGCCAUUUCAAGAGUCAGAACAAGAUGGGAGGUAUGGAGAAGAAAGGCAGUCAUGGGGGAAGGACUAAGGGUGGAUUGAUAACAAUGCCCUUCAUCUUUGCAAAUGAGGCCUGUGAGAAGUUGGCCGUGGUGGGUUUCAGUGCAAAUAUGAUCACCUACUUGACACAGCAGCUGCAUCUGCCGUUAACUAAAGCUGCAAACACCAUCACCAACUUUAGCGGGACUGCAAGCUUGACGCCGUUGCUCGGAGCUUUCAUCUCCGAUGCAUACGCCGGCCGGUUCUGGACUAUUACAGUGGCUUCCAUCUUAUGGCAAAUGGGGAUGACAAGCUUAACACUCUCAGCAGUGCUUCCACAACUGAGGCCACCUCCAUGUAAGGGUGAACAUCAAGUCUGCCAAGAGGCUGAUGGUGGGCAAUUGGCAAUCCUCCACGGUUCUCUGCUGCUGACAGCUUUAGGGGCUGGUGGGAUUCGACCCUGCGUGGUGGCAUUCGGUGCCGACCAGUUUGAUGAGACCGAUCCAAAGGAGAAGACAAAGACAUGGAACUUUUUUAAUUGGUACUAUUUUGUGAUGGGGGCAUCCAUACUUGUGGCUGUGACUGUGCUUGUUUACAUUCAAGAUAAUGUUGGAUGGGGGUGGGGACUUGGAAUCCCAACCACGGCCAUGUUUCUUUCCAUUAUUACCUUUGUUGUGGGGUAUCCGCUUUACAGGAAUCUGGAUCCCGUUGGGAGUCCAUUUACUCGCUUGUUACAAGUGUGUGUGGCUGCUUCCAAAAAGAGAAAUCUACGUAUGGUUUCUGAUCCAAAUUUACUCUAUGAGAACGACGAACUUGAUGCCUCCAUUUCUGCAGCUGGGAAGCUUCUUCAUACUAAUGAAUUGAAAUUUCUUGACAAGGCGGCCAUUGUGACCGAAGAAGAUGACAUCAAAUCUUCGCAAGCACCAAAUCUGUGGAGAUUGAAUACCGUUCACAGAGUUGAAGAACUAAAAUCUGUGAUCCGAAUGGGGCCUAUAUGGGCAUCCGGAAUCCUCCUCAUCACAGCCUAUGCUCAACAGGGCACUUUCUCCCUCCAACAAGCCCGUACCAUGGACAGACGCCUCAUAAAUUCCUUCCAAAUUCCUCCUGGCUCCAUGACUGUCUUCUCCAUGUCCUCCAUGCUCAUAACAAUUGCACUCUACGACCGGUUACUCAUUCGUGUAGCCCGCCGGUUCACCGGCCUUGACCGGGGCAUCACCUUCCUGCAGAGGAUGUGGAUUGGGUUCGUAAUCUCUAUCCUAGCCACUCUAGUCGCCGGGUUCGUGGAAGUGAAGCGGAAACAGGCAGCCUCGGCUUAUGGGCUCGUCAAUAGCCCUCAGUCCAUCAUCCCCAUUUCGGUUCUCUGGCUGGUGCCGCAGUAUAGCCUUCAUGGGAUUGCUGAAGCUUUCAUGUCCAUAGGACACCUUGAGUUUUUCUAUGACCAAGCACCAGAAAGCAUGAAGAGCACUGGCAGUGCAUUGUUUUGGACGGCGAUCGCGUUUGGGAAUUUUGUCAGCACAUUUCUUGUUUCUCUGGUGCACAAGUACAGUGCUGGCCCGGACGGAUCAAAUUGGCUUCCGGAUGAUAAUUUGAAUAAGGGGAAGUUGGAGAAGUUUUACUGGCUGCUCACAUUGCUGCAAGUUGUGAAUCUCAUUUAUUACUCAUUCUGCGCCAAAUUCUACACGUUUAAGCCCAUCCAAAUCCGUAUGAAAGAAGUUGACGCGUCUGAAGAAGAUGGAAUCCAGCUCACGAGUAGGGUUUAGUUGCAUUUUAACCAUACUGCUCCUCUUUCUCUAGGGAUGUUGUAGCUGACUUCUUCACUAGUAGUAGUCAAACUAGUCGCCACUGAACGGAACAGUGCGAAGGUUGUGUACAGUAGGCAUGUGAAAUAAUUAAUAAAAUGAAGCCUUUUUAGUAUCACCCUGUA